UUUCGCUGUCUCCCUGCAGAAAUCAACACAACCGACUCCAGCGUGCAGCAGCAGAUCGUGGACAUACACAAUGAAAUCCGGAGAGAAAUCUCUGCAAGUAACAUGCUGAGGAUGAAUUGGAGCAGCGAGAUUUCAGCUAAUGCGCAGAAAUGGGCCGACACCUGUGCCAUGGGACACAGCACUCAGUCCAAGAGAACCGUCGGCAAUAUAAUAUGCGGAGAGAACAUCUACAUGUCCAGUCAUCCUGACCCCUGGAGCAGUGCUCUCAAUGCUUGGAAAAGCGAGAAGGAGUUUUACACAUACUCACAGUCCGUCAACUGGAGCGCUGUGGGCCACUUUACACAGAUGAUCUGGCGCAGAACCAAUGAGGUUGGCUGUGGGGUGGCACACUGCCCUAGCAACUCCUCGGCACAGUACUUCUACGUCUGCCACUACUCUCCUCCAGGAAACUUCAAAGGCCAGUACCCCUACAAGAAGGGGCCUCGUUGUGGCGAAUGCCCAUAUUCCUGCGAAACCGACCUAUGCAACAAUCCUUGUCCUCAUUUUGACCACUACGCCAACUGUCGUUCUGUGGUGAAUAACAUAGGAUGUCGUCUCUCGCUCGUCCGAGCAUUCUGUCCCGCCUCCUGCCUGUGCAAAGGCGAAAUUGAUUAAUUGGCUGAUCAGUGAGGUCACCUGUCAAUUAAGCUCACCCCGCCCACAAUUACAGGGCAAAGCUGUAGAAGUUGUUCUGCGAUGCUCAGUCUCUCUCUCUCUCUGAUUAAAGCUGAUUAAAUGUUUCUUCCCCGUCCGUUUGCUUCCGAUUCUUUUCCACACCCCUCCUUUGAGUUUAAAAGUCAUCAGGAUUUUGAUGGAUAUAAGGCUGUGCCUAUCAGUAUUGUACAAAGAUGCCAUGCACCUAUCCAAAUCAGCUACUUACAAUUAAAGUCUAAAGCAAAUAGGA